UAUGAAAAUGUCAGAGAUCCCAAUUAAAAAAAAUUGAGCAUUUAUAGUCGAGCAGUUAAAACCAAAAACCCCCCAAAAAACUGAAUUUCCGAGUCUCGAUCCCAUCCGCAGCUAGAGAUAGAGAGAUGUCGUGCUUGGCAUCAUGCUGUGCGUCCCUAACAUGCGGUCUCUGCACAUCAGUGGCCUCUGGCAUCACGAAACGCUCUGCAAGAAUCGCCUACUGUGGCCUUUUUGGCGUCUCUUUGAUUUUAUCUUGGGUUCUCCGAGAAGUCGCCACUCCUCUUCUCAAACAUUUAUCAUGGAUAAACACUUCAGACAACCUCCCAAAGGAGUUCUUUCAAAUACAAGCGGUUCUUCGUGUCAGCUUGGGGAAUUUCUUGUUUUUUGGAAUACUUGCCCUUAUAAUGAUUGGAGUGAAGGAUCAAAAUGACAGACGUGAUUCCUGGCAUCACGGUGGAUGGAUUGCUAAGAUGCUGAUUUGGGCUUUGCUCACCAUCCUCAUGUUUUUUCUACCUAAUGUCAUCAUAACAAUUUAUGGAAUUCUUUCCAAGUUUGGGGCAGGGUUAUUCUUACUGGUCCAAGUCAUAAUAUUGUUAGAUGCCACACAUUCGUGGAAUGAUUCAUGGGUUGCUAAAGACGAGCAAAAGUGGUAUGUUGCCUUGCUGGUUAUAUCAGUAGUGUGUUAUCUUGCAGCGUUCACAUUUUCGGGAAUUUUAUUCAUUUGGUUCAACCCUUCCGGUCACGACUGUGGUCUUAAUGUCUUUUUCAUUGUAAUGACACUUAUUCUGGCCUUUGCUUUCGCCGUUAUUGCUUUGCACCCUAAGGUAAAUGGCAGCCUCUUGCCUGCUUCUGUGGUAUCUGUUUAUUGUGCUUAUCUUUGCUAUACUGGUCUCUCAAGUGAGCCUCGAGGUUACGAGUGCAAUGGUCUUCACAAGAAGGCGAAAGCUGUAACCACAAGUACCCUUGUUCUCGGGAUGCUUACAACAGUUCUAUCCGUUCUAUAUUCUGCACUCCGUGCUGGAUCAUCAACAACCUUUUUAUCCCCGCCGUCUUCUCCCCGAGCAGGUGGGACGACACCUCUUCUAAAAUCAGACGACCCGGAAUCGGGAAAAGGAAAGAAAGAAGCUGAAGCACGACCUGUUAGUUACUCGUACACCUUCUUCCACUUGAUAUUUGCUCUGGCCAGCAUGUACUCAGCCAUGCUUCUUUCCGGAUGGACCAGCAGUUCUGAGAGCUCCGACUACAUUGAUGUCGGCUGGACGUCAGUUUGGGUUCGCAUCUGCACGGAAUGGGUCACCGCUGCAUUGUACGUUUGGUCACUUGUGGCACCGUUGAUCUUGCCCGAUCGUGAAUUUUACUAAAUUUUCCUUUAGAAUGAAAAUGGGGUUCUUGCAUCUGUUAGUAUCUGUAUGCACUCGUAAUGUGAUGUUAUGACAAUAUAAAUAAGGUAGUGCGAACUUCAGAAUUUGGUUGAUUAAUGUAUUGUGUUGUAUAUAGAGAUGCAAGGUUGGAGAGUCUUGAACAGUAUUAAGAAACGUAAUAAGUAAAAAUUUCGUUCAUUAUACUUGAGUCCUAUUAUGUACAAAAUAUGUAAUUUUAAGUGAUAAAUCAUGAUAUUUGAGUCGUAUUUGAAAAUUCA